GACGGAAGUGACCUGCAACUCAGAGGAAAAUCCCCACAAACUUCGCUUUCAGUGACUGUUGCAGCCAUGCCAGAGCGGCUUGUGGUGUUGAAACCAGCUGUUAAGGAUCCACACCGUCUCAUUUUAACCUGCUGUGAACUCAGAAGUCCCGCCAGUUUUAUCUGAGAGUCCAGGUAAUCUGCGGAAGUUAAAGCAGGAGAGGCUCAGAGAAAGGAUGGAUGGAGUCAGUUGGAGCGCCACCAGAUCUCGGGAGUCAUUCAGUCGCUCCACUACAACCACGCUGUCCAGGCUGGCCAGCUUCAUUGCACGUGCUGACCCAAAGCAGCACAUGUCUAACCAGCAGCAACAACCAUCCCACCUGCCCACUUAUGUUUGUGGAGAGUGUGGUAAGGGUUUCUCAUACCCAGCAGAUCUGUUGCAACACCAGGAACUUAAACACACACUACCCAAGCCUCACCGGUGCCCCUCUUGUGGGAAGGAGUUUUCUCUGAGAUCGUCCUUACAGCUUCACAAAUGUGAUCGUGAUCCCAUCCGGUGUGAGCGUUGUCAGACUUUGUCACUGCUUGGAUCACCUUGCCCUGCAUGCAGGACUCGCAGUGCAGAUCCAGGCAGGCUGCAGGAUAAGACCCAUCUCUGCCAGCCUCACCUCUUGGACAGCAGUCCUUACGCCUGUGCCCCAUGUGGGAGAGGCUUCAGCCAGAAGCAGGCACUGCUGCACCAUCAGCAGGCUGGCUGUAGCGAAUCGCCGCUCCCAUCGAACGUAGUCCAUGCUAUCUGCCUUCCAGGUGAUUCUCCACCUGUUUCUGAAGGUGAUUCCACUCGGUCGGAUUCCUCAGACAGCUCAGGACCCAGCAGCAGAGCGAUCAGCAUGUGCCAUUUCUGUUCCAGAACUUUCCGCACAGAGGAUGCACUGCAGCGGCAUACACAGAACAACCAUGUGGAGGAGGAGCAAAGGACCAAAGGCGAAAGUUCUGAUGAAGAGGCAGGGAAAGAACAGAAGAGGUUUAAUGGAGAAUCAAAUCCAAAACCUAAAAAGAAGCAUCUGACCUGUCGCUCCUGUGACAUGGUUUUCAGGAGCACCGCUAAACUGUAUGUGCACCGAAAGGAGAAGCACAGCAGAGAGAAAAAUAUUAAGAGAGAGGUAAGGCCACCCAUCAUCAAGCACAGGAGAACAGGGACAUAUCCAUGUCAGGUGUGCAGCAAAGUCUUCUUUCAUCAUUUGUCACUUAGAGCACAUUUCAGACGGCACACAUCGUCAGGCGUCACCUCCUCCAGAAACCAGGCUUUAGGAUGUACCACUACGGACUCCAAGUCAACAGAAAACACUCUGAAUAAAGAAAAAAUAAGCCAAGGAGAUAAUAAGACAGUUAGGACCGGUCCAGGAAGACCCAGAAAGGAGCCCAGAGGAUUAAGCAAUGUUGAAGAUCCAGGGAGGUGCAGAGAAUUGCCUGAUGUGAAGAAGGAGGAGGAGGUGGAGGAGAGAGAGUUCCCCUGCCCCUCCUGUGCAGAGGUUUUCUCCCUGCAGUGGCAGCUGAAGGAGCACAUGGAGCUCCACCAGUCGUCUGUGAGGAGGAGACAGUGCAGCGUGUGCAGGGACGAGAUGGACACCUGCAAAUGGCCGGGCUCGAAGAGGCAGAGGCUGUACCACUGUGUGCCCUGUCAGCAGGGCUUCUCAGCACUGGACUCUUUCCUCCAACACUGUCAGCAGCACCUGUGAGCCAAGAUGGAGGAAGACAGGAUGCCCAAGGGCUACACGCAGCAGGCUGGAAAAGCCUGAGAUUCACGUUGAAUGUCAUCCUUGGCUGCCUUUAUACCUUGAAAGGUAGAGUGUGAUCUCUCUGAGAGUAAGCCUCAGUGAUGGAGCUCACCCAGCCUGAUGACUUAAUGCUGCCCAUACCAACAUAUCAAGGGUUAAAAAGAAUGGGUUGUUUAGACUGAACCCUUUCACUAGCAGUUUAUGUGACAGCUAUGUUGUCUGCAGCCACUUGUCUUUUACAGUACUAGAGCUAAUCGGUUUGAGCUCCAUCACAGUGGCCAGUGUUAGCAGGAUGGUAGAUAAAAUCUUCAGCCACCUCAGCGCUGCAUUCACAAGCUGUGUUGCAUUCAAGUUCACAGACAGGAAGAAGAAAUUGUAGGUUUUGGAUUCAUCAGGAAGACAUCUGGUCUUUUUAUAAAGAUUUGAAGAGGCUGAAGUGAGCAGCGAGUGGAUGUUGUUGGCAGAUCUUCAGCUUUAUAACACGGUUUGACUGGAUAUGCAGCUAUAAUGUUCACUGUGAUGUCCUGUGUCUGAAAGCUGAUUUCAGAAUUUAAUGAAAUGCAGAUUGAUCAGUGGGAUAUACUACAUAACUUCAGCAAAUUUAACGGCCUAAACCUGAGCUCGUCACCAAGGUAGCUGUGUUUUAACCUGCUAGGUCGCCAUGGUAACAGAUGCAGCGUUCAUUACCUUCCUCCUCCUGAUCAUCCAUCUUAAAAAUUCCAAUCCUGUCAGUGAUUUCAGUCACGCUGAAUGUCAGAAAGAGAUGGAUUGUCCAACAAAUGAUAGAAAACAAUCAAUUUAGACGAUUAAAUAUUGGCUUUUUAGUAAUCCACAACAAAGUGUUCCUUAUCCAUAAAUUUAGCCAGGUUUAACGAUAAGCUUUGCAGUUGGAGGAAGAGCCGGCAGGCUGUGUGAACCAUGCGUUCAGCUGGUUAAUUACGAGUGGCUGAGUCCUGAUCUGCCCACAACCCUGCUGGAUGCUGCUGGUGUUGGGUCUAAAGUCUUGGCUAUAUAUGGAAAGAUGCGGUCAUAAAAUCUACGCUUUGAUUGGCUUUAAUUUGAGAGAUGAGGCUGAUAAUUAGUUCACUACUUGGAGCAACUUGCA